AUGUCGACUGUGUUGCGUUGGUUGGCGAAUUGGGCAUCUGAAGGCCGGACCGGUACAAAUAUUCUGAAUGACUACGAGGGAAACAGGGAAAAAUUAGAGGGAUCUAUCUGCGCCCUGUCUGAACCAUGGACGAAGUCGCAUUCUAUGCAGUCUUGCAAUCUGAGCUUAGAGGAUGAGCCAGCAGCGAGCGCGACGGAAUGA